GGAAAGAAAAGGGAAGGAAGGAGAAGAAGGAACAGAGAAGUAAGAGCAGGUGAGAGAAGGGGAGAGAGAGAAAGAAGGAAGGAAGGAAAGAGUAGCAGGAGGAGAAAGAGAGAGGAGUAGGAAGAAGGAUAUAAUGAGAGAGAUAGAAAGAAAGAAGGAAAGGAAAGGGGGAGGAGAGAGAAGAAAGGACGGCGCAGUAGGAGGAGAGGACAGAUAGAGAGGGAGGAGAAAAAAGGAGAGAGAGAGAGUGUAGUGACAGAGCAGUAGGAGGAGUGCGUUAUGGUGCAAACAGAGCUCGGGGCUGAAGUAUAAGAGCUGUGGAGGACAGACAUGUGUUCACUGCUCCACACGAUCAUGGCUCUGAAUGGGAGAGUGGCGCUGGUCACCGGAGGGGCUCAGGGCAUCGGGAGAGCCGUGGUCCAGGCUCUCAUGCACAACCAGGCCAAAGUAGCAGUAGUGGACAUGAAUGCAUCCUGUGGGGAGCAGUGUAAGUCGGAGCUGGACUCUGAGUUUGGGGCCGAUCACUCCAUUUUUCUUCAGUGUGAUGUCACUGAUGCAGACGCUCUCACAGUGGCCUUCCAGACAACAGUGGACCAGUUCGGACAUUUAGACAUAGUCAUAAACAACGCAGGGAUCAACAACGAGAAGCACUGGGAGAAGACCAUUCAAGUCAAUCUGACGUCAGUAAUAAAAGGAACUUACCUGGGGCUGGAGCACAUGAGCAAAGAGUACGGCAAAGCAGGAGGCAGCAUCAUCAAUGUUUCCUCUAUGGCAGCGUUCCUGCACUCUCCACAUCAGCCCGUUUACACCGCCACCAAACAUGGAGUCAUAGGCUUCUCCAGAGCCAUGGCCGAUGCCUCCUCAUUAGGGGACUAUGGCGUGCGCAUAAACGUGCUGUGUCCAGCCUUUGUAGACACUCCUCUUCUUCAUUCAGUGGAGCAUGAGGAUAACAUGGGAAAGUUCGUCAAGUUUAAAGAUGAUUUCAAGAAAAGUAUGAAUCAUUUUGGAGUCUUAAAACCUUCGCUGAUCGCAGAAGGUAUGAUGAGGCUGAUCACGGACGACUCUCUCCACGGAGCUGUCAUGAAGAUAACCUGCUCCAAAGGAAUCCACUUCCACACAUAUGAACCCAUGUCCACCUGAGACCAGGACUAGACCAGGAUGAGACCAGGACUGAACCAGGACCAGACCAGAACUGAACUGAACCAUUGCUUGCCUGGGACUAGACUGGAGCUAAACAGGACUGAGCCAGCAGGACUAGACUAGGACUAAACAAAGACUAGCAGGACUAGAUCAGGUCUAAAGCGGGACUAGACCAGGACUAAAGCAGGACUAAUCCGAGACUAGACCAGAACUAGAUUGGGACUGAACUAGGACUGCACCAAGGGCAUCAACGUCUACAUAUACAAGCCCAUGUCCACCUGAAACCGGACAAGACCAGAACUAAACCAGGACUAAAAUGGGACCAGACCAGGACUAGACCAAUACUUGACCAGGACUAAAACAAAUCAGAAUAAAUAGGGCCAGACAAGGUGUCAAACGGGACUUAAUCUGGACCAAACAAGUGCCACAACAUCAGGGAAAAAUGAGGGACCAACCAGAAGCAAACCAGGACUAAAGGUCUGGACCUAUACCGCCCCCUUCAGGUCUGAUUUUAGAACCAUUCCAGGUAUAUACUUUCAAAUUAAUCAACCAAAAAAUAUAAUUAGGAUUUAAAAUGCAGAUCUGAAGGGCUCUAUAGUUCAGUUCUACCAGUCUCUGUGGUCAAGAUGUGAAACUUGCACAUUUGUAGCCGUUUAAAGAAGCAUUAUGUCACUUUUCUCUUGUAGGGUCUGUCACCUGUUUGUCUUUACGCAUUUAUGUUAUUUCUUUGUCUUGAAUGUUUCACAGUAUGGCAUUAAAUCUUAUCAUUCUUUGGCUAUUUUUACUGUAAGACUUUUAAAUGUGUAAGACAUGUAUUCUUGUAAGUGGGCUUGCUUUUCCACAAAUCUGACCUGUAACUUGCCUGGUAGCAUCUUUUGCUUGUCUCCAUGGAAAUAGAUAUAUUUAAUGCCAUACUGUGAAACAUUACAAGCAAAGCAAUAACACCUCGAUAGUACCUCCACCAGAAAAGUUGCACAGUGGAGCUUUAAAGUCGUACUACAUGUUUAAAUAGAGAAAUGUAAAUGUUACGGUUUGGGGAUGCGGGGAAGAUUAUUUAUCAAAUGUAGCAAUUUAUAUAUGAAUAAAAUGUGUUUUUGAUAAAUA